AUGGAGCGCGAGAGGAGCAAGGGGGAGAGGCGCGAAGUGGAGCUCGCUCUCGCCGCGUCCGGCAUGGGCNAGCUGGCGGCCAAAAUCGUGACGGAGAGAAGAAAAAAAGUGACGUGUUCAACGACGACCCCGGCGGAUUUUGCCGCUACUACCAGUCCGAGCUUCACACCAACGAGCAGUAUGGUCUCCAGCAGAAACUGCGGGGCGCGCGUUCGAAAAGGGGCGCAGCGGAACGCCGCUCGGGCGGCGGCAGCCGCGGUGGCGGCGGUAGCCAGCAAGGGGGUAGACCGCCGCCGGGGUCAGGCCGCGGUGGCGGCCGAUGGGUGCGGCUAGAAGGGCAGCAGAACCACACCGGUCAUGGUGGCGGUGGCUGGAGCCAAGCCUCACCCACCCCGAGACCUCUUCGUAGACGUGGGCCGGUGGUCGUCUGGGGCGUCACCCGGGGGGUCGUGGGCCCGCGGGACGCNUAGACCGCCGCCGGGGUCAGGCCGCGGUGGCGGCCGAUGGGUGCGGCUAGAAGGGCAGCAGAACCACACCGGUCAUGGUGGCGGUGGCUGGAGCCAAGCCUCACCCACCCCGAGACCUCUUCGUAGACGUGGGCCGGUGGUCGUCUGGGGCGUCACCCGGGGGGUCGUGGGCCCGCGGGACGCCACAGCAGCGACGGGCGUGCCGAGAGGGAACGGGCAGAGAGAGGCCCGGGGCACGCGCGUUCUGGCCACGGAAUAGAGCAGGCGUACGUUGUGUACUACGCCCACGAUGAUGGUGGCUACUACGAAGACUACGGCGACUACGACGACGGCUAUUAUUGCGACGACGGCUACUACGACGCCGGGUACGCCUACUACGCCGGCGGUUGGGACAGCUACAGCUACUCCUUAGGGUACGAAGACAGCCGUUCAUCUGACGGCGGCAUCCACUACGUCUACUACCGUCCUGCCGGCGAAGAUUCGUCAUCCGAGCAGCAACGUCAGCCCCCCCUCGCGAGCAGCAGCAGCACCGCUUCCUCCUCGUCCUCUACUCCUUCUCCUGGCGCGCCUCCAUCUCCGGGCUACCUCCACCUCUGCACGGCACAAUCGGUGCCCCUAGGCGAGUCUCACCCUGACGAUUAUAUUAGUAGGAUAGGAGUGACGAUUAGAGUAGAGUCUGCUGCGUCUGCUUCGUCUUUGUUGAGUGUGAAAUCUAGUGAGGGGCCGCCUGGUAGCGAGAGAUGGGUAGCUGACUCAGGAGCCAGUAACAGUUUCACCAACAGCAGCCUACACAUGUAUGACCUACAAGAGAUCCCCGCCAGUAGGAAGUAUGUCGUUGUAGGUGAUGGUCGACAGCUAGAAGUGCAAGCCAUCGGUAGCAUCAAUCUUAGUUUCUUUCAGGACGAUGAGAAUGGUGAGAAAACGACGAUGUGUGUGAAGCUCACUGACGUGUCUGUUGUAGAUCUGUUCUAGAGAGCCUGAGUUUCAACUUGUUCUCAACGCAUGCUGUUUCUCUGAAGCAACCAAUCCUUUACGACGAACGUGGUGCAACCCUACAAAACGGACUGCUCUUUGCUAGAGAGACAAAAGCGUCUGCAGCGUAUGCCACGCGAUUGCCGUGCGACCCAUGCGCGAUUAUUGUAGACCCUGCUGCUUUGUUCGCAUUCGUGACUGCCCCCGAUUCC